AUGAAGGUGUGUUCAAAGGGGCAAGCAUCUAACAAAUUGAGGAGCAAUGAUUUCUGGCACAGGCUUUGGAAAUUGAGUGUGCCAAAUGCAACCAAAAUGUUACUAUGGAGAGCCUCUCAUGAGUCACUGCCCACAAACCAGAACCUAAACAAAAGAAGGAUAAGGGAGUCAGCACUAUGUCCCAUAUGCAUCAGGGAAUCAGAAUCGACUACACAUGCCUUGUGGUCGUGUCCCUCAACUCAAGAUGCAUGGGGUGUCAGCUCGAGAAAACUACAAAAAGAUAGUGUGGUCGAGUCUCCAUUCUCAAGCAUAGUAGGCCACAUGUUGUCAGUACUGGAUGAAAAUGACAUGUCAACCUUUGCUUCCAUAGCUCACCAACUAUGGAAGAGAAGGAAUCAAUAUGUUUUUGAAGGCAAGUAUGAAGCCCCUGAGACAGUGGUGAAUACUGCCACUAAGAUAGUACUAGAUUACAAGGAAGCAAACAACACCCAGGUGAGUAAGGACAAACCAAUAGCAUCAUCUGUCCAAAGCUGGUCAGCCCCUCCUUUGCAUGUUUUUAAGGCCAAUUGGGAUGCAUCAGUAGACAAAGUACAGUGCAAAGUUGGGAUAGGGGUUGUGAUCAGAGAUUGGAAUGGUUGUGUAGUUGCCACCCUUAGAUCCCAAAAGGAUAUGUUCCUUGACCCGUUGUUAGCUGAAUCCUUUUCUGUCUUGAAAGCUGUCAUCCUAUGCAACCAGCUGAACAUGCAGGAUGUUAUUUUCGAGGGCGGCUCACUUAAUGUGGUUCAAUAG